AGGUCUGUCUGUCUGUCACUUCCUGGUUCUGCUGGCGACAAUGUGACUGUCAGUAAAAUCAGAAGCUCAUAUAUUCACUCUCGUCAAGAAAAGUCAGUAUUAGAUGGCAGGGUGGAGGGAGUGGGCGGGGCCGAGAUGAGUGCUGACCCGCUAUUGGAGGAGACCCUGAUGAAGCGGUCUCAGCAGAAGAGGUUAACGUCACCGCUGAACUACAAGGAGAGAGUGUUCGUCCUCACCAAGACCAAGCUCACAUACUAUGAGUUCAGAGCAGAGAAGAAGUUUAAGAAGGGAUCCAUCGACCUGCAGAAAGUCAGGUGUGUGGAGAUCGUGAAGAAUGGAGGAGGAGUCGUAACCUGUCAGAACAAAUACCCCUUCCAAGUGGUGUAUGACUCCGGGACUCUCUACGUGUUCGCUCCCACCUCUGAGAGUAGGAAUAUCUGGGUCCAAAUUAUCAAGGAAGAGAUCAAGGAGAACUCUGUGAUCGUUGCUAAGUUUCACCCUCAGUUCUGGCUGGAGGGGGUGUGGCUGUGCUGUCGUCAGACGGAGAAACUGGCCCCGGGAUGUGAGAAGUACAACCUGUUCGGAGACAUUUCGAGGAAACCCCUUCCCCCCAUUCCUGGAAAGGACAGCACAGAAAAAUGUCGUCGGCCUCUCCCUCCCCCACCUCCUGUACACGACCCUGAUGAUGACGAUGAUAAUGAUGAUGAUACUGGUGGUGUUGAGGAGGAGGAAGAGCAACAGGAAGUUGUGAUAGCCUUGUAUGACUUCAAUGGUCCUGAACCACAUGACCUGACUCUGACCAAGGGAGGAGAAUACCUCAUACUGGAGAAAUGUGACAUCAACUGGUACAAAGCCCGCAACCAAUACGGGGAGGAGGGCUACAUCCCCAUCAACUACGUGACAGAGAAGAAGUUGGGGAACCUGGCACAGUAUGCCUGGUACAGUAAACAUGUCAACAGGGUCAAAGCUGAGGAACUACUGAGGAGAGAGGAUAAAGAGGGAGGAUUCAUGGUAAGAGACUCCAGUAACCCAGGAACAUACACCGUCUCCCUGUAUGCCAAAUCAGCAGGAGGUGCCGUUAUCAGGCAUUACCACAUCAGGGAGACGGAAGGCUGCCCCAGACAGUUCUACCUGACUGAGAAACACCUGUUCACCUUGAUACCUGACCUCAUAGAGUACCACAACCACAACGCUGCAGGUCUAGUAGCCAGGUUGAGAUAUCCAGUAGGACAGAAGGAUGGAUUGGCUCCCUCCACAGCAGGCUUUAGCUAUGAGAAGUGGGAGAUCAACCCUGUUGAGCUGACCUUCAUGAAGGAGCUGGGUUGUGGUCAGUUUGGGGUGGUGAGGCUGGGGAAAUGGAGAGCUCAACACAAAGUAGCCAUCAAGGCUAUCAGAGAGGGGGCCAUGUACGAAGAAGACUUCAUAGAGGAAGCCAAGGUUAUGAUGCGUCUCUCCCAUCCUAAACUGGUGCAGCUAUAUGGAGUGUGUACCCAUCAGAAACCCAUCUACAUUGUGUCUGAGUUCAUGGAACUGGGAUGCCUGCUCAAUCACAUCAGGCAGCGUCGGAACACCUUCAGCCCGGGGUCCUUACUGAGUAUCUGUCAGGACGUCUCAGAGGGGAUGGAACACCUGGAGGCAAACGGCUUCAUUCACAGAGACCUGGCAGCGAGGAACUGUCUGGUGAACGAUGCUCUGGUGGUGAAGGUAUCAGACUUUGGAAUGGCCAGGUACGUGCUAGAUGACCAGUACACUAGUUCAUCAGGCUCUAAGUUCCCAGUCAAGUGGUCUCCUCCUGAAGUGUUCAACUUCUGCAAGUACAGCAGCAAGUCUGACGUCUGGUCCUUCGGUGUGUUGAUGUGGGAGGUGUUUACAGAGGGGAAGAUGCCAUUUGAACACAACCCUAACCACGAGGUAGUGAUGAGAGUGUCACAAGGACACCGUCUCUACAGACCCAGGAUGGCCACGCCCAACAUCUAUGACAUCAUGCAGCUCUGCUGGCACGAGAGAGCGGAGGAAAGGCCAUCGUUCUCUCAGAUAUCCAUCUUGAUCUCUGCCGCUCUGGAAGAGGACAGCUUCUCCUCAGCCUGAACCGGCCAAUCAGAUCCUCUCCUCUGCCUGAACCGGCCAAUCAGAUCGCAACCACCAAUCGGAUCUCCUCAGAUCUACUCGAUGGAGGACAGCUUGAAUAAGGAUCGAAACAUUCCAUACCACUCUGUCGUGAUGGUUGAUCACAAUGGAUUUUGUUAGACAGAAAGCUCACGUCCAGAUACCAUAUACUGUUUUACCUCUUCUAUCCUGUCUGACAUGCUCACGUCCAGAUACCAUAUACUGUUUUACCUCUUCUAUCCUGUCUGACAUGCUCACGUCCAGAUACCAUAUACUGUUUUACCUCUUCUAUCCUGUCUGACAUGCUCACGUCCAGAUACCAUAUACUGUUUUACCUCUUCUAUCCUGUCUGACAUGCUCAUGUCCAGAUACCAUAUACUGUUUUACCUCUUCUAUCCUGUCUGACAUGCUCACGUCCAGAUACCAUAUACUGUUUCACCUCUUCUAUUCUGGACUGUCUUCAUUCUCUCCAGUCAUUUUGUAAUUUAACUGAACUAACUCAAGCCCUUUGCAUGUCCUAACACAGCUAGUCCUGUUAGUUUAUAUAGUUCAGUAGGUCCAUUCAUACAUCAUGUCCUGUUUCAAUACUCAAACGCAUGUCCUCAAUCCAGCUGUAUAUUUACAGUGCCUUGCGAAAGUAUUCGGCCCCCUUGAACUUUGCGACCUUUUGCCACAUU